GGAAUGUGCCCGCCUGUGCCUUGGGGGUUGGAUUCUCUUCCUGAGUCCCAGGAGAAGCUGAAGGAGCUCCUAGCCAUGGAAGACCCUGGGGAUACAGAAGCACACCCUUUGGGAACUGCCAACCUAAACUUUGUUCCUGGGCACCAACAGAAAGAAAAUCCAUCUCCAGACCCUCUGUAUGAUACGCCUGACGCCAGCAGGGCACAGGCAGGCGGGGCCCAACAACCAGCACGCACCGUGAGUCUGCGGGAACGGCUGCUCAUCACCCGGCCGGUGUGGUUACAGUUGCGGGCCAACGCUGCAGCCGCACUACACGUGUUGAGGACAGAGCCUCCAGGGACCUUCCUGGUACGGAAAUCUAACACUCGCCAGUGCCGGGCUCUGUGUGUGCGGCUGCCAGAAGCCAGUGGCCCCUCUUUUGUCUCCAGCCACUAUAUCCAAGAGAGCCCUGGUGGCAUCUCUUUGGAGGGUUCAGAGCUCGUAUUCCAGGACCUGGUUCAGCUCAUCUGUGCAUACUGCCAUACCAGGGACAUUCUUCUCCUCCCACUCCGGCUCCCCAGAGCCAUUCAUCAGGCAACCACCCACAAGGAGCUGGAGGCGAUCUCCCAUUUGGGCAUGGAGUUCUGGAGUUCCUCCCUUAACACCAAGGUUCAGCAGAGGCCUUGUGAAGCCCCACCGAUACCCAGGCUGAAGGCUCGCUCCCCUCAAGAGCUGGAUCAGGGCACUGGUGCAGCCCUCUGCUUCUUCAACCCCCUCUUCCCAGGGGAUCUGGGCCCCACCAAACGAGAGAAAUUCAAGAGGAGUUUUAAAGUGCGUGUGUCCACAGAGACCUCCAGCCCUCUGUCUCCACCUGCUGUGCCGCCUCCCCCAGUCCCAGUGCUGCCAGGGACUUCUUCCAGCCAAACAGCAAGAUUGCCUCCUCGACAGCUGCUGGAGAGGGAGAGUUCAAUGGGGUAUCGGGUGCCAGGGAGUGCUUCCGGCCAGAGUCUUCCUCCCCUACCUUCACUUCAGGAGGCCGACUGCUGCUCCCCCAGCAGCUCAGAGGAGGAGGGUUCUCCCCGAAGCCCUACCACCUCCCCGCGCCUGGGCCGCCCAAGGCAGCGGCCGCCUUUGCUUCGGUCCAUGAGUUCUGCUUUCUGCUCUCUGCUGGCACCGGAGAGGCAGGUGGGCCGGGCAGCCACAACGCUAAUGCAGAACCGAUACACAGCUGUGGGUCAGCUAGUGCAGGACCUACUGACCCAGGUUCGGGCUGGUCCGGAGCCCCGGGAGUUGCAGGGCAUCCGCCAGGCCCUAAGCCGGGCCCGGGCCAUGCUGAGUGCAGAGCUGGGCCCUGAGAAGCUGCUACCACCGGAGAGGCUGGAACUGGUUCUGGAGAAGUCCUUGCAUCGCUCUGUUCUCAAGCCUCUUCGACCUAUCCUAGUUGCCCGCCUGCGGCGGCGUCUUUCCACAGAUGGUUCCCUUGGCCGCCUAGCUGAGGGCUUCCACCUGGCCCGGACCCAGGGACCUGGAGCCCUCGGGUCCCCCCUGCCCCUCUCCUACCCAGUGGAGACGGAACAGGUGCGCCAGAAACUGCUUCAGUUGCUUGGCACCUAUUCACCUACUGCCCAGAUCAAGUGGCUCCUGCAGGCCUGCAAGUUGCUCUACACAGCCCUGAAAACCCAGGCGGGGGAGGAUGCAGGCGCUGAUGAGUUCCUGCCUCUGCUGAGCCUUGUCUUGGCUCAGUGCGACCUUCCUGACCUUCUGUUAGAAGCUGAGUACAUGUCGGAGCUACUGGAACCUACCCUGCUCACCGGAGAGGGUGAGGGCACCCUCACUUCCUGUCCAGGCGGCUACUACCUGACCAGCCUGUCGGCCAGCCUGGCCUUGUUGAGUGGCCUGAGCCAGGCCCGCGCUCUCCCACUCAGCCCGGCACAGGAGCUCCAGCGCUCUCUGGCCCUCUGGGAACAGCGCCGCCUGCCGGCCACCUACAACUUCCAGCACCUCCUCCGAGUAGCCUACCAGGACCCCAGCACAGGCUGCACCUCCAAGACCCUGGCAGUACCCCCAGGGUCAUCAAUUGCCACCCUGAGCCAACUCUGUGCCACCAAGUUCCGAGUGACCCAUCCUGAUGCAUUCGGCCUCUUCCUCUACAAGGACCAGGGCUACCAUCGUCUGCCCCCUGAAGCCCUGGCCCAUGGGCUUCCUGCAACUGGCUACCUCAUCUACCGCCGUGCAGAGAGGCCUGAGACCCAGGGGGCUGCAACAGAGAAGGCAAAGGCAGGCAGUGAGAGGCAAGAGGCGGGAGCAUGGGAGGAGGAGAAAGGGGGCGGGAAUAGUGAGGGAGAGUUGGAGACAACUGUUGACCAAGGAGGAGGCGAGAAUCAGGCCAGAGGAGGUCGUGUACAACCAGAGGAGCAAAAGGCAGAGGGAAGCCAGGCUGCAGAAGAGUAGCCAGAAAGAGCCAAGAGGGUCACCUGGGCCUCCAGGAGCCUCUAAAUAUGCUCUUCCCAGCUGCCAAGCUUCCUUCACCACCCACACCCAGUUCUCUGUUGUGUCUGCCACUGCCUCUAUCUGAUCUUCAUGAGUCCACCUGCUAGGAAAUGGGGGCUGGACACAUAGACUAGGGCAAGUUAAGAGAGUUAGGAGACUCCAAGACCCUGUGUCCAAGGCCCCUGGCCUGUGUUCCUCCCUAGUCCACAGGGAUAAAUGUCCCUGGAAAGGAACAAAGUCAUCCAAUAGCCAACUCCAGCAUAGGAGGAAGGGUGUUCCUGGCUUCUUUUGCCUCUCGUGCUGCCCAUGGGCACAGGCAGAGUUGCUGGCAUUUCAAGUCCCUGAACAAUUCCAAUCGCUCUUAGUUCCAGGGGCCAGGGUGGCGGCAGAAUGACAGCAAAGGUCCCCAAACAGCUCUCCCCUGGUCUGCAAAGAGGGGAUAUGAGUACUGUUUUGCAGGGCUCCAGGAGUGAUCCAGGCCCCACAUGGAUACUUGGUGACAAAGACUGGGCAGGUGAAAGGGAGAACAGGACAGGUGUUAGAAGCCACGUCAUUCUUUAGGGCGCCUGCCCCCACCAGGCUGGUCUCAUCUGUGUCUUCUUCCUCAGUCAGUUCAGAGACUGCACUGGAGAUCAGGUCACAAGAGAGAAAGCACCUAUGUUCCAGCCUUUUUUCAAGAUCAGAAAUCUAGUGAGGCACUUCAGUAUUUCUGGGAAACUGGACCCUGGGAAGUAAUGCCCACCAGCAGGAAGAGAAGUUUCCAGAACAGAGAGCGGUGCUCCACAAACGUUGUCUUUGUACUCCUCUUUUGGGGCUCUUGCAAAAGCUUGACCAUAAGGCACAGCACAAAGCUUGUGGGCCCACUGCAGGUAAUUGCCAAAAUGUCUUAGCAAACUACCCCUCAAGGCCAGAGGGAAGCCAGCUGCAAAUCUGAGCAGAGGAAAAUGCCCACCAAUAGCCACAAGAGGGCAUGCACAGCCUAAGAAGCUACAGAGGGUGACACACACACCCCUCCCGGCCAGGGUGGGGAGUAUGGAUAAUGAGAGUUUAAGAGCCAUAAAGUGUAGGCAGUCACUGGCUUUAUACUCUUACAGCUAUUGACAGCCUGGAAAAUGCAGGGCAGAGGCCACUUGCAGUCAGAGAUUCUUAGGGAAGAAUUGUUUCCAGUAUCAGAGGCACUCUCCUGGGCCUCAGCACAAGGACACCAGCUCACAUGCCAUGCACGAUUACCAGGAGGUAGAAGUGUGGACCCUGACUUUCAGACCCACAUCUAGCCAGUGUAGGUCUCCAAAGUAGUCACUAGGCCACCAAUGUUCCUUCUUACCCACUUGCAUGCCCCUCUCUCGUAGGGGAGAGUGUAUGAGAAGGGGCAAGCCCAUCUGGUAUCUAAUAUCGAGCAGAGGGAGAAGAUGGUCCCAGCUCCUUUUGCCUCUCUACCACCCAGAGGCAUAGACAGGGUUUCUGGGACUUCACGGCCCUGAACAACAUGGCCCUCUAUUCCAUGAUAUGCCCUCCCUCCCUGCAAUGCUUUGUACAGGACAGAGCACUCCACAGGGGCUCAAUAAAUGGUGUCCAAUGACUGAAGCUUGAUAACCAGCAGUAAGGGACUGGGGUGGGGUGGGGUAGGAAAGCUGUUUCUGGGAAUGAGACACAGGGGGUGUGGCGUGCAGUCCCAGGGUAAGGACCUGGAAUGUCUGAAAAGGAUGCUCAGAGAACCCCGCAGGCAGGAUACGGAGCUGGUCUCAUGGGAACCAAGACUCUGGGACCUCCAUAGGCCCUGCCUUUUGUGCUCAGUUCUAAUUCUGGGCUUUUAGAGUUCAGUGCAGAUCCAGCUAUGGCUUAAAAAAGCACUUCUGGGUCCUGCCUGCUGUCUGAAUUUUUUUUU